UGUGCCUUCCUCACAGCGGUUUCUGGAUGACUGGAAGCUGCAGCCAGUGUUUAAGUUCUGUUCACACCCAGCUUCCUUCCUUCGUUGCAAAUCUCAUCCAGCCAAGGCAGUGCAUUGGAAUGCCUCCAGUUUAAACAUCUGAGGAUAUUGUCAGCAGACAUGGUUGUAUUGUGAGGGGAGGAUUGGAAACUGAAGCAGAGAGCCACCGAAACGUUUUGAAGCUGCUGCCUGAGAGAUGAUGUUUGGGAGAAAUGGCAUCUUCGGAGCAGGAGGUUCCUGGAAAAAAGUGGUGAGACAGGAGUCGUGCAAGAAGAAGGUGGUUCUGACCAAAGUGACCCCCCUCCAGAAUGGCUCACAGAGUGAGGACACCCUGUCACAUCCAGUCCCAGCCAAGACAGGAAAUCCUGAGACCAACCCAGCUGAGGAAGCAGAACGAUUGAAGUCUGGAUUCCAGAGCUCCUUCUCAGAGUGUGCUACAGUCGCCGAGCCGUCCAACUGCUCCAUCCUGAAACUCUAUAAAUCAGAAUCUGAGGACUCGGGGGUUGAACUGCCCAGCGGCACGAACUCUCCAUCUACCCCCUCGGGAUCUGAACAGAGCUUUGUCGUGCAUCGGAGGGAGUCGUCCUGUGACUCUGGGAUGGCUUUGAGCAUUGUGUCCUCGUCCCCGGGAGUUCAGCAUUGUCCAUUCACAGCUGACCGUCACAACCCCGACCAGUGUUCAAAAGAAGACUCAAGGCCCAGGGAUGCUCCAGUGAAAGUCAAGAAACUACCCACGGCCACUGCGAAUUGGAAAAAGACCAACAACCCCAGCAGAAACACGAAUCAGAGUCCGACCGUUAUAAAUGAGGAAGUGACCCAGCCCAGGCAUGUCUCGCUUGUUGAAAUCGUCAUUGCGGACACCAAUUCAGCAAAACUGAACGGAGCAGGAAAACAUGUAAGUGAAACCCCAUUCAAUCAAGAGACACUGAAAAGACGACCAUCAAGCGACAGUCUGAACGACUACAUGGAGGAAUGCUGCAGGCUAAGUCAGGUGAACCAGGAGAAGGUGGGUGAUCGGGGCUCAGGCCUGGGCUACCUGGAGCAUAUCUGCCAGCUCGUUGAGACCAUAGGCCAACUGCAGGAGCAGAACAAGCAGUUGCAGAAGCAAGCAUGGAUCACAGAGAGAGCCCUCAAGGUGAACAGGAUGAAGGAGGAUUUUUUCCUGAAUCACUGUUCGUGUGGAGCUGUUGGGAUCUAUCAGAGUCUGGCAAACCUCCCUGAUCUCCAGAUAGGAUCUUGCAGCAGCUCUCCUAGCCACGGGAUCUCCUUGAAGCGGGAGAACACAGCGCAGAGCAUGGAGAGGACGGAGAGCAAUAGCCAACAAGCUGAGGAUACACAGCCAAAUGGCAGAGAAUGGAGCAGAAAGCACAUGUGCAGAAAGACGUUAAGUCAGCCAGACCUGAUGCUUGGCCAUGAGGGACUGAGUGAGCACAAUUCUCACUGCCAGGAUCACCAAGAUGAGGAAGGCCAAUCCACUGGGAAGAUCAAGCUCCUGCCUAGGGAUUCCAAGUUAAAAAAUCACCCAGUCAGAGAUUCAUUCGCCAUGUUAAAGCAGUCCUGCCCUCAGCUUUAUAGGCCCGAAGACGGAAGAAGCAGUCCUCUGAUAAAGGGGACAAAUUCUGCCAGUGCAUGGGGCCUCAACAGGAACAGUGACUGGGAGCACGCUCCCUGAUUAUUUGGGCAAAUUUAGUGAAAUAAGAACACUGUCCAGAAAAAUUCCAACAGCGAGUGACCAUCUAUCUGAUCCAGUAGAGGGGCAGUCUCUGGGGCAGCACUAUGACCAUAGCACAGUUGGCACUACUGAGUAGCUGCUUUGAUCUAUCAUCCAGGAGUUUCUGGAACAUUAUUUUAAAUACAAAACAGACCAGUUUGUUAGAAGCCAGGUCAGCAAUGCUGAAGGUUAUGUUUAUCCCACCUUCUCUGUAACUGCAUGAGGUGCUGUGACCUUUUCUACGUUUAUACUAUCCACUAAUUGACAAAAGUCCGACUUCAAGUAAUGCCAACAGGAUUAUCAAAAUGAUUAAAAACCAAAAGAACUGCAGAUGGUGUAAAUGAAAAACAAAAACAGGAAUUGCUGGGAAAGGCAACAUCUGUGGAGAGAAAUCAGAGUUAAC